AAAAAUCGACUGAAUUAAAUACUUAAUAACUAAUUUAAAGUGUGGAGGACGUUAGUUUUGACUGAGACAAAAUGUUUGUUUCCCAACAGCUCAUGGUGUGCAGUCUCCUCCAGACCUACACUAAGCUCCGUCAGCUGCCUCGCCUCUUCUCUGAGCUCCUCUCUGUGAUCUGUCAGCCAGCGCUGGACGACCUACGACCUCUUCUGCUGUCUGAGAGCGUCUCCGCCUCGCUCAGGACUUGUCUUCUGGACACUCCCGCUUCCCAGGGCCUAGAGAUCUGCUCAUCAGUGCUGGAGAGCAUCAGGGGAUAUAUACUACCUGGCCUGGUGAGGGAGGACAGAGAGGAGAAGAUGGAGAUCGACGGGGGAGGAAAUGAUAAAGGGGAGAAUAAAGAAAUAAUGGUGGACCUAGAGAGAGAGGAUGCAUCUAUGAAGCUAUUCUCCCUCAGCCACCUGCUUCAUGUUGUCUUGUUUAGUCUGAAGACACUAGACAGUGCCUCUCCUCUUCCUAUAGUCAGGCAGAGUCAGGGAUUGAUGGAGGUGAUGCAACAGGUAGCCAAGGAGUUACUGCAUCUGUUGUCAACAGAAAAGAAGGCUGGAAAAGCAAAUGUCAGUUCAGUUAAAGGGACACCAAGGAAAGGCAAAAAUACUGUGGACCUCAAAGAGUCGGAGGAGGUCGCACUGUGGGAACAGAAGACCCAGGAGGCCGCUCUCCUCCUCAGGUACACCUGGGUGGAAGUGGACACGCUCUUUAGUAUCUACUGCAGCAAAUACACAUCUCUCCAGACAGCACCAGCGAGUGAGACUGGAGGCGGUGCUCCAGCCCUAACCCAUAUAAUCAGUCUCCUAUCUGGGGAGAUUGUUCCAGCACGUCUACAGCCGUCUCGCAGACCCAUGAGCUGUUUGCUGCUCAAGCUCCUCACUUUGCAACAGAUGAAGAAAGUCUUGUUGGACACCUCCUUACUCUCUGAACCCAGCACUGCAGCACCGCUGAACACCGCGGCCCAGUUUAUUUUGGCUAAAUCCGAGUUGGAGGCAGGUGUGGAUGGAGAGCAGGUAUGGGACGGGCAGAUAGCGAGUGUGAACGCCGGCUCCUACCAUGUAGCACACUGGUAUCUUGUCACGUCCAAUUUGCCUUUGAUUGCUCCCCACCUGAGCGGAGAGGAUGUGGGCUGCGUGGCAGACAUGCUUGUCAAUUCACUGCUCAGCAGACAGACGGGCCAAGGGAAGGACCCGCAGCCCGGCUGUUUCACUUUCUCUCUCGUAUCUUCACAACUUCUCCAAAGCCCCGUUCUUGCUGAGUUGCCUUCAGUGUUCUCUGCCACAAUGUGUUCCCUCACACAAAGGAUCAUCAGCGUUCUCAAGGCAGCUCAUGUACCCAAGGUUUGUCCUACGCUGCUGAAAUUUCCGGAGAAAGGAGUGUCCGCACAAAGAGAGGCUAUAGUUGAGGAUAUAUUGGCAUCCUCAAAGACUGGAGAGGCGUUCGUAUUGCUGACUGACACACAGAGCAAAGACCUGGUGGACAUACUCCAAGUCUUAACAAACCUUAACCCAGAUGGGAUGAACUCUGAGGAUCUCUCCUCUAUUUUCCUACUCCUCUUCUUCAUGCUCACCUCCACCUCUAGUCAGCUAGACCAGGUGGACGCUCCUGGAUCUGGAGAUGAUGUCCUCUUCCUGCUGAAGCUACUCAGGGUUAUGACUUGUCUCCUGGAGGGUAGAAACUUCCAAAGUGUUUUGAAGCUCAUCCACGGUGGUACUCUGCUGCAGGCUUCCGUGGCCUCUCUCCUCUGGCGUAGCAACAAUGGACGAUUUCAAGCCACAGGCAGCUCUCAAUGGUUGGAUUUGAUCAAAGCAGUGCAGAGCUUCAUCAGGUCCUUGGUCCAAUUGAUUAUAGUCAGAAAUAGCAGUGUUCGACUCAACCUAGACCAGUUUGCCUCCUACCUUACCAGUAUGGAAAUGUCAAACGUGCAAAUUGUGGCGUCCAGUUCAGAUAAACCAGAUCCAGGAGCGUCUAUUUUGUCUGUUCAUCUCCUGCUGGCAUCGCUGACCUCUUUCUCACAGGCAAUGGCCUCUAACCUGGGAAGAAGUAAACCAAUGGACCAAACUUUGACUCGGAUGCUCACAAGAACGACUGCUUCACUGGGACCGGCUGUUGAGUCCGCCCUAAAGCCCCAAACCGUCAGUCAGUCAGUCAUCCAACCGGCCAGCAUCCUCGGUCAAGCCUUUGUGGUGGAAGUCGUCACUGUCAUGUUGCACUGUGAACUUUCCACACAUUCAAUGGACGAUGAGAACGAGAACAACACCCGGCUCACCCUGAGUCACAUGACCCUCUAUCAGGGCUUCUGCCGCCAGAUCUUCAAAGAAAUAAGUUGUGCCCACAGGCCGUUGGACUUCCUGGUUUCCUCGCUCCAUUUCCUGUCCGUUUUCUACAAAGCAGUGGAGAGGACGGGAGGAGAGAGGGAGGAGGAGCAAGGAAAGGAGAAGAAGGAAGGAAAGGAUUUGGAUGAGCUGUACAUGCAGAUACUGCAGAAUGUGCACAGACUGCUGGCAGCUUCGUGGCUUUCUGAGAGUGACGUUUGUGAGCUGGAGCCAGCUGUGCAGGAGCUGCUACGCCACCUGGUGGAGAAAAGUACUACAGGACGAUUCAACCUGCUGCUGCUGCUGAUCAGAGAGGGACUGGUCACUGGCAAGCUGAGGGCAGGGAACUACAGGGAGGUGCUAUCUGCAGCAAUCAUCACGAAGCUGCUGUCCUGUUGUCAGUUACCUGAGCCCUGCACUAAAGCUCUGUGGCUCAUUGCACCACAGAUUAUAUCUGCUAUGGUGGUGAGAAACAGACACACACACACACACGCGCACACACAUGAAAUGAUUUGCUUCAGUGGGCAUAUACACACAUACAAGACAAGCACACAUACAUGCACUUGAACAAAGGUUUGGGAAAUUUGUUGUUGGCAUCAGGGAUUGUUUGACUGUAUACAAACCUCAUAACAUACAUGCUGAAUGUUCAACAUUGUUUGAAAAUGUCCAAACUUAAGGAAGGAAAUUAUAUUUCAUGAUCGCAGUUUCUCUGCCAACCCGACAGGAGGAGCUGCCCGCCAACCUAAAAUACUUCAAACAGUGUUGUGUUGGUACAUGUGUGUGAUGUUGCGCUGACUAAAUGCCCCCAAACACAGACCAUAACACGUAGUAACAUAUCAAGUUUUAAAUCACUGAAAUGAGGAUGUACUGCGGUAAUGUUUGUAAAACACACUUUUUUGAGGCUGUGCAUGUUUUAGUCAGUUUUAGAGAAAAGGGAUUGAAUUGACUGAAUAGUGCACUUGUUGGGUAGAAGUUUACAUUUUCAUAAUCUUGUGAUUAUUUCUUCCACGUGAAGACAAAAGGUAAAUCAUAAAGCAGACAUUCUCCGUAUGACUUGCACAGCACUGUUGAGACAAGCAGGGGACAGUAACGCGCUGAGUGUUUUACAGUAUGUCCUCACAACAGCAAUCAUUGUAGUGACAGUGUGCUGGAAGUACAUGUUACAGCCGUCGUGAGUGACUCAGCAGUCACUCUCAGUUUGCUGCUUUCCGUUAGAGUGCCUGUUCAUUGUCAUUUCCACUGAGGCUCUUUUUAGUCAAUGUGUUUUCCAUCAGGCCUGCUGCUGGGUGGAGCAGACAGACAACACACACAUAGACGGAGCAAUAUGCUAACCAUGCUGUUCUGUCUGUGUUGCCCACACUCACUAUGUCCAUAUGUUUGUCAUCUGUCUGAUGUAAUAUUUCUAUAUUUCUUCCGCACUCUUCUCU